AGGUCGUCGAUCCAGCAAGCGAAGAACUUGCAAGCACUAGCAGUCGUCUUCUUCUUCCACUAGUAUAUUCUCCUGCAAGGAUCGAUCGAUACAUCUUGUCCUUGUUCGUUCGACCUCAAGCUAGCUAGCUACCACAAAUGGGUGGAAAAAUGGAGAUUGAGAGGUCGUGGAGCGAGGACGGCAACCUGGUUCAGGACGCGGUGGACUACCGGGGUUGCCCGGCCGACAGGUCCAGCACCGGCAGCUGGCUCGGAGCGGCAUCCGUGGUCGGGAUCGAGCUCUGCGAGCGGCUGGCCACCAUGGGAAUCGCGGUGAACCUCGUCACGUACCUGACGGACACGAUGCACCUGCCCAGCGCCGACUCCGCCAACGUCGUCACCGACUUCAUGGGCACCUCCUUCCUCCUAUGCUUCCUCGGCGGCUUCCUCGCCGACGCGUUUCUCGGCCGCUACCUCACCAUCGCCAUCUUCGCGCUCGUCCAAGCACUCGGCACCGGACUCCUCGCGGUGUCCACGACCGUGCACCAGCUCCGGCCACCACCGUCCGAGGAGGCCACGGGCCUGCAGAUGGGCGUGCUGUACAUGUGCCUCUACCUCAUCGCGCUUGGCACCGGCGGCCUCAAGUCCAGCGUCUCCGGCUUCGGCACCGACCAGUUUGACGAGCGCGACGACCGCGAGCGUGCCGCCAUGGGAUACUUCUUCGACCGAUUCUUCUUCUUCAUCAGCCUAGGCACACUUCUCGCCGUCACCUUCCUCGUCUACAUCCAGGACCAUGUCGGCCGGAGCUGGGCCUACGGCCUCUGCUCUGGCGCCAUGCUCAUCGCCAUCGCGGUCUUCCUCUCGGGCACCAAGAGGUACCGGUACAAACGGAGCUCCGGGAGCCCGGUCGUGCACAUCCUCCAAGUCCUCGUCGCUGCCGCCCGGAAGCGCGGCCUCAAGCAGCCGCACACUGCCGCCGCGCUCUAUGAGGACCGCCCCGAGCACGCCAGGAUCCACCACACCGACCAGUUCCGGUGCCUGGACAGCGCUGCGGUGAUGGCCGGUGAGGAGGACAACGAGAUGGGGCCAGACGGGCGGCCCACACCGAACCCCUGGAAGCUGUGCUCGGUGUCCCGCGUGGAGGAGGUAAAGAUGGUGGCGAGGCUGAUGCCGGUUUGGGCGACGACCAUCUUGUUCUGGACCAUCUACGCUCAGAUGAUCACCUUCUCGGUGGAGCAGGCGACCACAAUGGACCGGCGCAUCGGCGGCUUCGAAAUCCCAGCCGCAUCGCUCACCGUCUUCUUCGUCGGCGCCAUCAUGCUGACCCUCGCCGUCUACGACCGCGUAUUCAUCCCUCUAUGCCGAAACCUCACCGGCCGGCCGGGGUUCACCAACCUCGAAAAGAUCGGCAUCGGCCUGGUCCUGUCCAUCGCCGGCAUGGUCGCUGCCGCCGUCACCGAGAAGAAGCGCCUCACCGUCGCCUCCACGGCCACCACCAUGAACGGCACGGCGCUGCCGAUCACCGUGUUCAUGCUGAUUCCGCAGUUCCUCCUGGUGGGCGCGGGCGAGGCGUUCAUCUACACGGGGCAGCUGGACUUCUUCAUCACGCGGUCGCCCAAGGGCAUGAAGACCAUGAGCACAGGCCUCUUCCUCACCACGCUCUCCCUCGGCUUCUUCCUCAGCAGCGCCCUCGUCUCUCUCGUCAGGGGCGCAACCACAUGGCUCGGUGACACCAUCAAUCACAGCCGCCUCGAUUACUUCUACUGGCUCCUCGCCGUUCUAGGGGCUCUCAACCUGGCCGCUUACCUCCUAUGCGCCAUGUGGGCCACGCCGGCCGCCGGCAGCAAGGCAGAGCAGCAACCGCAUCCCGACGAGAAAUGCUAGCUAGUUGGUGCAUGCUAUCGUUCAUUACUGGAUGUGCAUAUAGAUCCAUCCGGUCUGGGUGUCCAUGCAUGUAACUUCCAUGUACGUCCGUAUGUGACAAACUUGUUCAUUGCAGUUCAUCGUUGAAAAUAAGAGGAAAAUUACUAAUAA